AUGGCUGUAUCCAGUCAUCGCCCUGUGGCCUCUUUCCCCUUUGGAACGACGGUUCCACAUGCCAAUAUUGAGCCAUUGACGCUCGCCCUUGAUCGUGAGGCUCUCGAGACCUCUACAAAGAUUCUCGACAUCAUUGGAAGAUAUCGCAUGAAACAAGAUGAACGUGCUGGCAACCCAGUUCCUCUAUGCCUCCCAGCUUUCCCAUUCAAGUCACCAAACUCAUCCUCAAAAACUUUGGGAAGGCUUCCUGACAAGGGCGAAGAGAUUGCCCUUGCUCAUCUAAAUGGCCUGUGCAAUGCCAUUGGCGAUAUCUAUGCGCCAGGAGCCAAGCUCACUAUCAUUUCAGAUGGUCUAGUAUAUAAUGACCUGCUGGGCGUUCCCGAUAGAGAUGUCUGGGCAUACGGCGAGACUCUUCGAUCACUCGCAACCGAAAAAGAAUUUCACAACAUUUCCUUUUCACGCCUAAGAGAUCUUGUCGAGAUCGACUUGCCAAAGGACCUUGAUGAGAUGACUUACGUUGCAAAUGCAUCAAACUUUCGUCGUGCACUUCUCAACACCUUCAGCAAGCCUGGAUGGAGUUGGGAUCAGGUUCGACAGUCAGACGACCAGUGCAUGACUUACCGCGGCUACAUCAAGUUUCUCCAGACAGAUCUGGAAACAGUUUACCCUGUUGGCGAAGACCGUACCAAGUCCAAGUAUAAGAGGGGGAUCGAGUAUAUUGCGAAGCAGAUGAUGGCUCGCGGAGAUGCCUUUGCCAAUGCUGUUCGACAAAAGUACCCUGACCACGUUCGACUGUCAAUCCAUCCAUCAACUGGUGCUCACAAGCUUUCUGUCAGUCUGUUGCCAACAGAUUCGACAUACACUACUCCUUGGCAUUGCAGUGUAGCAUACAGACUAGACGGUACAAUUCGAACAGGUAUGCGAUCAGAAUUCGACAGCGACAGCACUCUUGAACUGGUUUACGAUGAUGGGAGACCUUCAUACUAUCGUGAAAAGUCACCUUUAACUUCUUGGGCUGAGGACAAUGGUGGUAUCGUUGUUGAACAUAUGUAUCCUGCUGGUCUGAUUAUUCGUCCUGCCAAUGGACCAGGAUCUUUGACCAUCGAUGAUAUCGACACGAAGAAAGUUCGCUCCCUGUCAGAGCUCAACUCCCCAGUAGUUCUGAAGGGAUUUGUCAAGAAGCCCAACCGUGAUCGUUUCCUUGACCUCAGUCACCGCUUUGGAACUCCGUUGCCCUGGAAGUUUGGUCUUUUGCUAGAAGUCAAGGAUCGUGGUGCGGACGCUCGAGGUUUGAACAAUGUUCUCUCAGCUGAGCCUAUGCCAUUCCACUAUGAUGGCUUGUUCAAGGUCGUGAAGCAGACCAACGAUGACGGAACCGAGACGACAGUUUCAACUCCACCACAGUUUCAACUAUUCCAUGGCGCCACAUCUUCACCAAGAGACACCGGAUUCACCCUCUUCUCUUCAUCAACACUAUUCUUCAAGUACCUACCGACAUGGCUAAAGAAUGAUAUUUCAAAGCUUAGCUGGACAGUUGCGACGACAGCAUUUGAUACAUACUUGAUAUCUGAGAUGACAGAUGUGCACAAUGUUACUUUUCCUUCCUUGUGUUCGUACCUCAACAGUCGAGUGGGCUUCAUCGUGUUGGUGACAUAA